AAAAAAAGUAUGUGAGAAUAGUUAGCGCCCGUCCCACUAAAUCCCUUUCACCGCUCCAUCAAUGCAUCACCGGUUUUCCAUUUAGUCCCCCAAAUUUCAAAAACCCUAUCUCCGAAUCCCCAAUUUUUUCACUGCAGAGAUUUCCUACAAGGAGUUCGAUUCUGCACGCCCCGUUUACUGUUUAUAUUCUUAUUGAUUUCUCAUGCCUUUGAUUGCUUAGCUUAUGGAUGCUAUUUGAUUGUUUUCCCCCUUUUUUGCCAGUAGCCAAUGAAUAGAGUAUCAAUGGGUCAUUCAGAUCAUAGACCCUGUUCUGCUGAGAAAACCUUGAGAAGGUGCAUCAAUAGAGAAAAAGCUGAAGAUGUUAUUCUGAUAGAUGCGGAUUCUGAAAUUUUUGACAAUGUUAUUGUUGUUGACACACCUGAAUCUUUCCCAAAAAGAAAGGUAGGUUCAGGAAGAUUUCGCAAAGACAAAUGUUCUCUCAAGAAUGUAAUAUACAUUGAUGAUGAUGAAACGCCUAGCAGCAGCCAUUCUGGCGACGCAAACAAAUCCAGUUUUGUCGUGAACACCUCUUCUAAUAGAGAAACCCGCCAGGAGACUACAAAUACUGCUGAUCCCACUGGUGAUGCUGCUGAAGGAUGCCAAUAUGCACAAGAUAACACAACACCAGUUAGGUUAUCAAAAUGUAAACGUACCUAUUCUGGGAAAACUUUCAGAGGGAAUCGCUUCGGUUUGCAUAUUGACUCAGAAAGUGAUUCAUCUGACAGUGAUUAUCCUGAUUGUGUGUUGGUGGAAGAUUCUUCUGGCAAGGUUCAAGAAUUGUGGGAAAAAGCCUUCAGACGAAGGAAACAUACUUAUAAUGGUCCAUCAGGAUUCAGAUAUCGUGGCAGUACCUCACAAAAUCUUGGAAAGGACCAACAUCAAAGUUCUGGAACGGAAGAUGUGAUUAGACAGCAGAAGGAGGCUGCCUUUUGUUUCAGUAAAGAGAAAUCCAAUAACAAAGCCAGUGCUUCAUAUACAUAUGCUUCUAAACAGGACUCUGGUUUUGGUUGCAGCAGGGCAUUUGAUGAUCUUACUGAUUCGGAUAAUACACAAUCAGCGCAAAAAACGCACCUACGUAAUGGAGUAUCUGGCAGAUCUACUUCCCACGCGAAAGGUUAUCCUUCAAAUUAUACCAAACAGGUUGAUCUUCCAGAUUAUGUGCCAGGUGGAUUUAAUAGUGACAAUGUAGAAAGUGAUGAAUCUCUUGCAGCACCUGCUUUUGGGGAUGAUCAUCAAGCACCUUCUCGUGAGAAGGAAGGAGCUUGUUGUCGGAGACCUGGGUCAUGUACUGAUAAGGACCCUGUCAAAUUCAAUCCAAGAAAUGACCACCCAAAAUUUGAGGAAAGGGAUGCAGAUAGUGCUAAGGAAAAUGAGCAUUUGGCAACUCUUAAGGCUAAUAAGAAGGAAAAGUUCAUGCCCGAAAGAUUCACAUCCAAAAGAUCUACAUCACCUCAUUCGCAAACUAAUCCUAAUCCAUCAUCUUCCAGCGGUGCAGUUAGAUCUAUUUUUGAAGAUGUUGAACAAGGUCAUCAUCAAGAAAACAAGCAGCCAGUUCCUGAGAUGCCAUGGGUAAAUAUUGAUCUCAAUCAAAUCAUACUUGAAGACGAUGAUUCACAGUCCAGUAGUGAUCAGGAGGAGAGUGAAGAUGGUUUGGUGGUGCCUACCCCAAAUGUAGACACUACGCCAUCUGUGGAAAACAGCAUAAUUAAUGAACGAGAAAAGAUUAAAGAAACAAAUGAAUACAAAAGAGCAAUGGAGGAAGAAUGGGCUUCUCGCCAACGAGCGCUAGCAAUCCAGGCUGAAGAAGCACAGCGAUUGCGGCGACAACAGAAGAGAAAAAAAGCAGAGAGCAUGCGAUUGUUGGAUAUGGAACGAAGACAGAAGCAGCGUCUCGAGGAAAUUCGGAACAGUCAAAGGAAGGAAGAGGAAAAUAUGAGUUUAAAGGAGACAAUUCGUGCUGAAGUUAGGAAUGUGCUCAUGAAAGUGGAAAAUACAUCCCCAAAUAUGGCUUCUCUAUUGCAUUCGCUUGGCGUUCAUGUUAGCGGUUGGCCUAAUCCGUUACCACAACAGGUUCAGACAGCUUAUAAAAAAGCCUUGCUGACCUUCCACCCAGAUCGUGCCUCACAAUCUGAUCUGCGCCUGCAAGUUGAAGCUGAAGAGAAGUUCAAGCUUAUUAAUAGAAUGAAAGAGAAGUUUCAUUCUAGUACAAUGCUUAAGGCGUGAGCUACUGCACCCGAUGUGUGUUCCAAGUAAUUCUUUUCUCUGUCCUGUACUUGCUCCCGUGCAUAAUUCUAUGCUUUGCUUUAGAGCCCAUUCUUUUUGCUCAAUCGAGCUGUGAAAUGUUGUUGCACCUUGAUGGAGUUUAUUUACUUCCCGGGGCCAGAAUUUGUAUUCUUCCCCAGGUUCUUUUUCAUGUUGUUUUGCUCCCUGAGAGUUUGGUAUGUUUUUUUAUUAUGCCAUUUGUAUUGAUACUAUAGCUGCUAACCUUCUGGCUCAGCAUGUAUACAGACAAUUCUUGCCCCAAAUUGCUUGGUAAACAAUGCAGUGUAAUGUUUGGAAGCUGUGGUGGAGACCCUCUUGUCGACGCAGCCAAGGGGAUGUAUAAUUUCAGCUCAGCUCUUAGUUAAUCAUCUUGCUCAUGCCUAUGUGUAGUUUAAUGGCGUCAAUAUGUGCAUUAGUCCCCCGCAAUAAAGAAAUUGUGGUGAUUGCCAAGAUUUUUUUAAGACUUAUUAUAUAUAUAUAUAUAUACACAUGGG